UAAAAUCGAAAUCCUAUCCUGUCCUGUCCAAUUACUGCAGAGCGAUCACAUCUAAAUCGGGGAUGAUCACACGAGUGAACGGACGGGAUGAGAGAACAGAUGCUUCACUUAGAAUUAGGCUUGGAUGCGAUCGAACCAAAAAUAUGGUAUAUCUAAUCUAUUCACGCAGCGCAUCCCUCCCGUCCCUACCUUCCCCCCUCGCCGACGAGCCCACCCGAGAUCUCUCAGACCUCGCGAAGCAGAGCAAGUCCUCGAUGCAGCUCAAUCGCUGACAUCAGGUAAGCAGAUCAGAAAACAGGGUGACAAGGUAAGAGAGGUGAAGAUCGAGGAGGAAGAGAAGAAGAAGAAGAAGAAGGGACACCUCGGUGAUGCAGGAAAGAGGAGGAAGAGAGUUGCAGGAGAAGAAGAAGGAGAACGAAGAUGAGGGAGGAGGGAAGACGGUGUUGGUGGGCAUCAAGAUGGACGCCGACAGCCGUGAGCUACUCACCUGGUCCCUCGUGAAGAUCGCCGACGCCGGCGAUCGCGUCUUCGCCCUCCACGUCCUCCCCUCCACCCCUUCCGACUCGUCGGAUGCGUCCCUCGGCUGCUCUUCCCUGCUGUCCAUCGUCAAAGCGUUCGAAGCCAUGCUCGCCGUCUACGAGGGAUUCUGCAACCUGAAACAGGUUGAUUUGAAGAUGAAGAUAGCCCGAGGCUCCUCCAUCCGCAAGGUCUUGGUCAGCGAAGCCAUCGCCUACGGAGCCAGCAGCCUGGUUGUGGGCGUAGCCAAGAACAGUCACGGCAUCGGGUACUCAUCUACCUCGAUCGCGAAGUACUGUGCGAGGAAUCUGCCUCGAGCUUGCUCGGUUUUCGCGGUGAGCAACGGCAAGACUCUCUUCAAACGAGAAGCCCUGCCGGCUUCUCAGCCCUCAGCCCAAAACAGAGCCAAGAAUGCGGCGGCUGUGGUGUCUGCAGGCCAACAAGCCUUGACCAGAAGCUACACAAAGCUCCUGAACAGAAGACCUGUGAAGUCGGCAGUGGCGAAGGGGCAACGACCAGGAACAACAGCCAACACUUCGAGUUCGUCGCCUCGAUGCUUGUCUAAUCUAAAGAGAAGCAAAUCAGAUUGCGACAAUCAUAUCAGGAAAGACAGGGGUUCUCUUCAGAGAAAUCAAUCCGUGGCCUUGGUUCCUGCAAAGAAACCUGAGGCUCCUGCCAGUCGCAUUUGUCUUCUCUCUGCGGACUCGUCGGAAGCGAGACCCGGUUGGCCACUUCUCAGAAAAGCCAUGCUAUCCAACAGGCGAACUGCUUCAGCUGAUGGAUCGUCGGUGGUUCAGUGGGCGAUGCGGCUGCCGAGCCGGUUCUCAGCGACUUCCGCAGUUCAUCCUGACCACCGGCCUGUGAAUUCUGAUGCAAGAGCCUAUCACAGACGCGAUGCAGAAAGCGGCGCAGUAGUUCCUGCAGAAGACACUUCUUCGCCUCUCCUUCACAAGGAAGAACACAAGAUUCCAAAGGAACUGGAACAUCUUCGUGAGAAGUACUCAUCGAUUUGCAGAUUGUUCAGCUACAAGGAACUCGGUCGCAUGACGUCCGACUUCUCACCAGAGCAACUGAUAGGUAAGGGAGGCAGCAGCCGUGUUUACAAGGGCUGUCUUCCUGAUGGCAAGGAAUUGGCAGUGAAGAUUCUGAAGCACUCUGAAGAUGUAAUGAAUGAAUUCAUAUCAGAAAUUGAGAUCAUCACAGCCUUGCAUCACAAGAACAUCAUUUCGCUGUUUGGAUUCUGCUUCGAGAACAAAGACCUUGUGUUGGUCUAUGAUUUCCUGUCAAGAGGCAGCUUAGAGGACAACCUUCAUGGUGAGAGUUCCAACAAGCAUACUUUGAGUUGGGCUGAGAGGUUCAAGGUGGCAGCGGGCACUGCCGAGGCACUGGAUUACCUGCACGGUGGUGCCGGCAAUAUGCAGCCCGUGAUCCACCGAGAUGUGAAGUCCUCCAACAUCCUCCUUUCUGAAGACUUCGAACCGCAGUUGGCUGAUUUCGGCCUGGCGAAAUGGGCAUCAGCUUCAGCAUCACAACUGAUAUGCAAUGAUGUUGCAGGAACAUUUGGGUAUUUGGCUCCAGAAUAUUUCAUGUAUGGAAAAGUCAACGAAAAGAUCGAUGUCUAUGCGUUUGGGGUGGUGCUUCUUGAGCUCAUUUCGGGAAGGAAGCCUGUCACCACAGGGUGCUCCAAGGGCCCCGAGAGCUUGGUUAUGUGGGCAACACGAAUUCUUCAAGCUGGAGAAGUCAAGGAGCUUGUGGAUCCAUGUUUAGGAACUUGCUAUGACAAAGCUGAGUUGGAGCGGAUGAUGCUUGCUGCUUCCCUUUGCAUCAAACGAGCUCCUCGUUCUCGACCCCAAAUAGCACUUGUGUCGAAGCUGCUGCAAGGUGACAAUGAUGAUGUGCUGCGGUGGGCGAGAUCACAGGUCAGCACUUCAGAGGAGUUGGAGGGAUUGGACGAUGAAGCAGCCGUGUUCCAAAGCAACAGCAACAUCCAGUCUCAUAUUAAUCUUGCGCUGCAGGAUAUAGACGAUGAUUCGAUGUCGAUCAGCAGCACAGAGCGACCGAACAUGUCCUGGGAGGAGUAUCUACAGGGGAGAUGGAGUCGCUCCUCGAGCUUUGAUUGAUUGGCUGGUUGAUGAUUGAUCCCAUUCUAUCCUCUAAUUUGAUGUUCUUGUUGGAUUAUAGGAAAAGGGAUUGGAUGAGAGGUGAUAUACGUACCCUCCUCCUCCCAUGUGUAAUGUUCUGAAUGGACCAGCUGCUUUCCUCAACCAAAGGAUGAGGAACACAUGCACAGUGUUCAGGGCUUACAGGGGCAUUUACUGUUUCUACGGCUGCUGUAAAUCUUCGAACUUUCUUUUGAACUCACGAUUUGUGUCUGAAGAAGAGAAUUAAACAUACUGCAUCAGUUCAUCCUUCA